AUGGGCGCUUUCAUCAGCUGGAUCAACGAUGCUCUCGCCAAAGAUCCCAACCAGGGAUCGAGCCAGUCAACUACGUCGUCUUCGCUUUCGGGCAUGAUUUCGACGCUGGUGCCUGUCUUGGUUGUCUCAGCAGUCUACUUCGUCAUUUGGCUCGUUGCCAGACGUUCUCAGACGCGCUUCUACGAGCCGAGAGCAUAUCUCGGCUCACUGCGCCCAUAUGAACGGUCGCCUGCUCUGCCCAAGGGCUGGUUCAAUUGGAUUGGUCCUUUCUGGAAAAUCCCUGACGAGACAGCUCUGCGCCAUCAGAGCCUCGACGCCUACCUCUUCAUUCGCUACCUCAAAGUCUGCACCAUCAUCGCCUUUGUCAGUCUGUGCAUCACCUGGCCCAUUCUCUUCCCCGUCAACGCGACUGGUGGUGGUGGCCAGGCCGAACUCGACAUUCUCUCCUUUAGCAAUGUCGACUCCUCCACCCACAAGAACUACUACUACGCUCACUGCUUUGUUGGCUGGGUUGUCUAUGGCUUUGUCAUGUACAUGAUUACCCGCGAGCUCAUCUUCUACAUCAACAUCCGCAACGCCUUCUUCAACCAUCCCAACUAUGCUCGUCGCAUCUCGGCUCGCACCGUCCUCUUCACCAAUGUUCCCCAGGACUACCUCGAUGAGGCCCGUCUCGAGGCCAUGUACCCUGGCGCUAUUCGUCGCCUUUGGAUUGCCGGCGAUAUCAAGGAGCUCGAUGAAGCCGUAACCAAGCGUGACGAGACCGCUCUCAAGCUCGAAAAGGGCGAGGUCAGCCUUAUCAAGGCCGUCAACAAGGCCCGCGCCAAGGAACUCAAGAAGAAUGGUGGCAAUGCCGAGGAGCAGGCUGCCGUCACCCACGACGCCGAAACCGGUAACAUUGCUUCUCGCUGGAUUCCCGACAAGAAGCGCCCCUCUCACCGUCUUGGAUUUCUCGGUCUCCUCGGCAAAAAGGUCGACACCAUUGAAUGGGGCCGCUCCGAGCUCAGAGAAAGCAUCCCCAAGAUCCAGGCCGCCCAGAAUCAGUACCUCGCUGGCAACUACACCAAGGUGCCCGCCGUCUUCAUCGAGUUCAACACCCAGCGCCAAGCACAGGAUGCCUACCAGAGUGUCAGCCACCACACUGCCCUCCACAUGGAACCCAAGGCCAUUGGCGUCCAACCCCAGGAUGUCAUCUGGAAGAACCUUGGUCUGCCAUGGUGGCAGCUGGUCAUCCGCCGCUAUGCCGUCUACGCCGCCGUCACCGCUCUUAUCGUCUUCUGGGCAAUUCCUGUUGCUAUCAUCGGUGUAAUUUCUUCCGUCAACACCAUCAAGUCUCUCCCCGGCCUGACCUGGAUUGGAUCUAUCCCCCCCGUCAUUCUCGGUGUUGUCUCCAACCUGCUGCCCUCUGUUGCUCUCGCCAUCCUCAUGUCUUUUGUCCCCGUCUUCAUGCGUGGAUUCUCUCACCUCGCUGGCGCAAAGACCAACACUGAGGCUGAGCUCUUCACCCAGCAAUCGUACUUUAUCUUCCAGGUCAUUCAAGUCUUCCUCAUUCGCACCAUGACCAAUGCUUUCGCCGAUUCCAUCGUUCAGAUCGCCCAGAACACCUCGCAGAUUCUUCCUGCUCUUGCUACCAACAUCCCCAAGGCCUCCAAUUUCUACAUCUCGUACUUUAUCGUUCAGGGUCUGACCAUUGCCAUUGGCACGCUCACCCAGGUCGUCGGGCUCUUUGUCUUCAGACUCCUUUACAAGUACCUCUCCGGCACCCCCCGUGCUCUCUUCGAGAAGUGGACCACCCUUGCUGGUGUUCUCUGGGGCAGCGUCCUUCCUGUCUACACCAACAUUGUCGUCAUCGGUAUAACCUAUUCGGUCAUCGCCCCCCUCAUGCUGUUUUGGUCCACUCUUGGUCUCUUCCUUUUCUACCUCGCCUACCGCUACAACCUGAUCUUUGUCAGCCAGACCACUGUCGACACUAAGGGUCUCAUUUACCCUCGCGCCCUCAAGCAGCUCUUUGUUGGUGUCUACCUCGGCGAGGUUUGCAUCUUUGCUUUGUUCGUCCUUGCAAAGACCCCAGGGCCCGCUGUCUUGAUGGGUGUCUUCGUCUUCUUCACCAUCCUGUACAACAUUACUCUCCUCAAGACCUUUGCCCCUCUGCUGCAUGGUAUCCCCACCAGUCUGGAGGUCGAGUCCCAGCUCGCAUCCGGACACCUUGGCAGUGCUGCCACAGGUGAUGCCUAUGAUUACAAGAAGGCCAAUGCUGCUGAAAACGGAGCUCACGCUGCCUCCGCCAGCAACGGCGCCAACGGCACCCAUGCCAACGGCAACUCGGCCACUGCGCCUACCGCUGCCAAGCCCAAGGGCAACAUCUUCCAGCGGUUCCUUAAGCCUUGGAUUUACUCUGACUACCACGUUCUCCAGAGGCUCAUCCCUGCAAACGACUACGACGUCGCCAACGAGAUCUCCCCCGAGUCCGAGGCCCAGGCCUAUCUUCCUCCUGCCGUGUACAAGCAGGCCCCCGACCUGUGGAUCCCCGAGGAUGCUGCCGGUGUCUCCAAGCAGGAGAUUGCUCAGACAUCCAAGGUCAUCCCUAUCUCCGACGCAGGCUGCACCCUCGACGAAAAGAACAACAUGCACUGGGACGAGGACAAUGCACGCCCUCCUAUUUACACUGAGAAGCCCGAGUACUAA